UACAUCCCCAAUCUGUCAUGCUGUGAAUAAAACGAAAACAGGUUUCGCGAUUCUUUGCAGGCACGGGCAAAAGUGAAAAUUAAUUGUUCGAAAACUCACCUAAAAAUCGUCGCUACUGGCCACCAAACAGUGCGAACCGCGGUGCCAAAUGUAGCCGAAGCGAGUGAACGGCGAAAGAAAACGCGGUCCGUACGCAGCAACCCGCACGGGACGGAUCUUUGUGCACGGGGGCUUGCAUCGAACUACUGUAAACAAACCCCGCCAUCAAAACACACACACGAAAGGCGGUCACGUUUUAGUUUUCCGGGACGGGGAGGUUUUUCCUACUGCCAGAGAUUUUCCUUUUUGGGAAUCUUUUCCGUUGGGUGUGUUUGGGUGCGUGAUUAGAAUUGCUCGACUUUCAUUGCCCGUACCGAGUGAGUGGGCAGUUCCAGCAAGCUGCCAAAAUGGCUGGCCACAGCUUGAAUGAUGACAAAGUGCGUACCGCCGACGUCAUGGUGGAUCGCAGCCUGCUGUUCGAGCGGAUGUCGCUGUCCGAGCCAGUGAAGCAGGCGCUCGCCCGCAACAACUUUGUCCAUCCAUCCCCGAUACAGGCGCGAGCCAUUCCACUGGCACGGUGUGAUUUCGAUCUUUUGGUGCAGGCAAAGUCCGGCACAGGCAAAACACUCGUCUUCGCCAUCACGAUCGUCGAGAGCCACGAUCCGGAGAUCGCCUUUCCGCAAUCACUGACCAUUGUGCCGACGCGGGAAAUCGCGGUGCAGGUCGAAUCCGUGCUGAACCGGAUCGGGGGCGAGCUGGGCAACUUUAAGGCCCGCUCCUUUAUCGGCGGCAUGGAGAUCAGCGUCGAUCGGAAGAACCUGCAGAACUGCUCGGCGGUGGUCGGUACGCCCGGCCGGAUACUGCAUCUCAUCAAGAGCAACGUGCUGAACACGUCCUACAUCCGGACGCUCGUGAUGGACGAGGCGGACACGCUGCUGCAGCCCAGCAUGCGCGGCGACAUCGACAAGAUUGUGGGCGCCCUAUCCGACAAGCGGCAGACGAUCGUGUGCAGCGCCACGUUCUACAACAACCGCGACCGGGAGCUGCUGCGGUACAUGAACGCCAAGUUUAUCGGCGUCACGCCCAAGCGGGAGGUGCCGCUGCUGUUCGGCAUCAAGCAGUUUGUGCGUGAGCUGCCCGCCGAACCGGACAACGUGAAGGACCUGAUGGCGAAGGUGAGCGUGCUGAACGAGAUCUUCCAGCAGAUCAACUUCGCGCAGUGCGUGGUGUUCGCGAACACGAUCUCCAAGGCGGAAACGUACUGCACGUACCUGAAGAAGGCGGGCUGGCCGGCGGAGGUCAUUAACAGCGGCAUGGAGCAGCGGUUCCGGCUGAAGGCGAUCGAGGAUUUCCGCUCGUUCCGGGCGCGCGUACUGAUCGCCACCAAUCUGAUCGCGCGCGGCAUCGACGUGGAGAACGUCAACCUGGUGAUCAAUGCGGACGUGCCGAAGGACAACGCCACCUACCUGCACCGGAUAGGGCGGGCGGGCCGGUUCGGCACCAAGGGCAUCGCGAUAACGCUCGUGUCGGGCGUGAAGGACAUGGAGCGGUACCGUCGCAUCCUGCACGAUAUCGGCGGGAACGAGAUGUUCGUACUGAAGCUGCCCCAGGGCAACCUGGAGGACGUGUGGCAGUUCGAGCGGUACGGGGACCGGUAUGAGAAGCUGUUCGCCUCGCAGAUGGUGCAGGAGAUCCGCGACAAGGACGUGGACCAGCUGUUCCUGAAGGCGAUGAAGAUGCUGGGCAAGCAGCUGGGCAAUGGGGGCGAACCGUCGCGAAGCAAUAACAACGAGGAGCAGAAGCUGGACGACAGUUUGGAGAAGUCAACGUCGGACGAGGAGACGGUGGUGGAGCUGGAUGCACCGAACGGCACGACGAGCCAGCCAGCGGUCGAGGUAGCCGCCCCAGCAGUCAAAGGAAAGACCACGAACGGGCAUGCGACGGAGCUGAAUGGAAAUGUGUCUCCCGGCAAGGUGGAAGAGACGGACGCUCAUGCGUCGUCCACCGUGGCCAUGGAUGGGCUGUCGAUGUCGAUGGAAAAGCUCAGUCUCGAGCGGGGUGGCGCUCUACAAGCGAACGGUGAGCGGGGUGGCAAAACGAAGCGGCUCGAUUCGCUGAACGGCAAUCAAAAGAAAGCGGAUGGCAAAGAUCGAAACAGCUUACUGCUGGAGGAGCAGGAUGGUGUGGAAAACAACGACGACGACGAUGACGAUGAUGAGGAGGAUGAUAAUGAUUCACCAAAACCGGGACCAUCGAAGAAUGGUGCUAAAGGUGCGGCCGGUACGAUCCGGGGCAGCCUUUCGACUCCCGUGCCCGAUAUGGACGGGCCUCCGGUGCUGCUGGUAGCGGGCGACACCAUUACAACCAUCAUCACCCGCAACGGGGGCAACGAAUCGGACCUCGAGAGCAGCUCCUCCCUCAGCACGAACGUGACGGAGAAGGUGGAGGUGGGAUCGGACUUUAACGCCCAGCUGUCCCGGCUGAGCCAAAUCCCGGAUCCGCGCUUCCGGCAGAUCGGUUCGGUCGACUGUUCCGACAUCGACCACAGCUCGGACAGUGAGGCGAACGGGGGCGACUGCCCACCGUUCGAGGCGAACAACGACGCGCUGUUUGCGAAGAUCAUGGAGCAGAAGGAGCUGGGCGUGGAGCAUCCGGAGCAUCAGGUGCAGCUGCACUCGAUCGACGGCUGCAGCCUGGAGGUGCACGACGAUACGGUCAGCGAUCGGGGCCUGACGCGCAAGUGCUCCGUGCCGGACGUCGUCCCGUGCGGCAUAUCGCUCGACUCCUCCCGGCUGCACGGCGGCAACCGGGGCCCGCUGGCGGAGGAGAUCGGCGAGCACGGCGAGGAGGGCGAAGAGAUCGAGCUCAACUCGAACACGUGCGGCUCGAACCGGGGCUCGCUGUUCGAGGAGGAGGACGUGGAGGAUGUGAUACAGGCGAACCUGCCAAACCGGAUCCGGUUCCAGCAGCAGGACUCGCUCGAGGUGAACUCGAACACGGUCGGCUCGAACGUCGGCUCGACGCCGGAACCGCCCGAGAUGCUGGACCAGCAGUCGCUGCCCAACAUCAAUCCGAUCGAGGCCGACCCGAUCGGGCCGAUCGGGCCGCAGUGUGCCGCCCACGACGUGGACGACAUGAUGGACGACGCGAGCUCGUACUCGUCGUACGACAGUGACGCCUCCAACUCGUCCUUCUUCGACGAUGUCGACCGCGUGUCGGUGGCGUCGGCUAAAUCGACCCCCAAAGAGAACGACGCACUGGCGGCGGCCGUCGCCGAUCCGUUGAUGGUGGUGGCCGCAGCUGCUGCUGGCGGUGUUGGUGCUAUCGCUGCGCCGUCCGGCAGCCUGGAGCAGAUCGGUGCCGUCACCUCGAACUCGGUGUCGGUGGCCGCUUCGCCCCAUCUGUUUGCCGUGCCCAGCAUCCCGACACCGCCCCUCCUGGUGGCCGGUGGUAUUAUUCCACCCCCAGCCACGAACCCCGCCGUCGUCGGGGGCAAUCCUCCCUCGGCCGUACCACCGCUCAUCAUGGACGAGGAGCGUUCGCCCCGAUCGCCCGCGUUCAUGUCGCGCAUGGAGAAUCUGCUUCCACCCUUCCAUCCAGCGAUGGCAUCGCCGGCAGCGGCAGCCGGUCCAUCCGUCAGCCUGCCGCAGCAGAUGCGGGGAGGUGAUGCGCAUGCGACCGCCCUCUACCACCGGACGUACGCCCUGUGGAGCAAUCAGUACUGGAACCAGCUGACGCAGAUCAACGACUACGUUCGGUUUGCGGCUUACGCUCGGCGCAACGCGUACCGAAGCCCUUAGGCAGUCAUAGGUCGUGAGUCGUCUACCAACCCAGUCCUACACCAAACCAAAACAGAGCCCAGUGAAUAUUUGGUUCACCACAUACAAACACACACACACACCCUACUGCAACUGAAAAAGGCAAAAUGCACACCACCACCAUCCCUACUACACCCCGCACAUUCUUAGCCGGUAAGAGAGCGACAGCAAAACUUAUACACCACGUGAAAUGGCAAAUGAAAUUUGUGAUCUGAAUGUUAGAAGAAGGAGAGGAAGAAGAAAAAAAGUUAUUGCGUUACAUAAAAUACUAACUCAGCAACAAAAAAACACACGUAAACGUAUAACACACAGCACAUGCUGUCCGUGCUCGUGCAUAAUAAUAUUACUAUAUAUAAUAAUAGAAUUAGUGAGAACAUAAUUAAUAUUAUGGAUUGGUGAGUUGCGAAAAAAGAAAACACACACAAAUUAUCGAGAGUUGUAACCAAUUAAUAUCUAACUAACACUUAAAAAAUGCGUAAAAGCGGGUGGCUCCUUUCGGGGUCGUUAAUUGUUCGCUACUUGUUGUACUCGCCCAUCGCCAAUUUAGGACUAGUGAUAGGUUCCAGGUUCUGCCUAAUUCGCGGUAAGAGAAAUGGAAGAGAGAGAGAGAGAGAGAGAGAGAGAGAGAGAGAAAAAAAAGCACGGUGAAAGCAAAGAAAUCGAAAGGAUCUUUCGUCUAGGACUGAAAAACUUUGACGCCGGUAAUUAUUGGGACGAAGGCCGGCAUCGUAGGGUUAAAACGGGAAGCGCAAGGAGACAGCAGGAUAGCUAGGUGGGAAGAAAUGCUGCAAGGAAACGAUAAACCGAUCGCGCGCUUUUGCUUUUUUUUAACACAAUAACAAUUCCAAUGGCGUUGGCAGUUGAAAAAGGGAAAAACGUUAGCAAGCAAGUACGCGCGUGUGUGUGUUUGUGUGCUACCAGUUAGUGAGUGGAUACGAGUGGAAAGCUUCUAAAGCUGUGUGGUAGUGUUUUUACUCCACGCUCCCAUGCUGCACCGGACAUUGCACGCGUAAACAUAUUACACACAUCAAUUGGGAGCUUGCUUUGGAGGUACGGUUUUUUUACCUAAUUUUGUGUUUGUUUUGAUUGUUUUUCUUUUAUAUGUAUGAACUCAAUGUAAAGGAACAUUAAUCGCGUAUCGUAUUGAAUACAACUAAGUGCUGAAAAAUAAACCAAUGUGUAACUAGUUCCAACGCAAA